AUGCAGAAAGGAAAUCGAGACGAUAUGCUCAGCAACUUGCCUGACGACAUUUUGGUUAAUAUUCUUGAUAGACUCGAUGUCACAUACGCUGUCAGAACCAGCAUCCUCUCCAGACGGUGGAGUCGGCUUUCUACCAAGCUUUCUCGACUGACAAUAAGUGUUUUGGACUUCCUGCCUCACAAUGGGCCCAUAUUUGAAAUUGAUGAAGUGGUUCGGAGCAAUGCAGCUGUGGUUGAAGCAACCACUAGCAUCCUGGCACAGAGGGAUUCUACCCGAAAAACCAUCCACCUACUGUCGAUGACUUUCUUCCUAAAAGACAGUGACCACAUAUCCAUUGGACAUGCUGUUGCCAAGACCAUGGCGACACACAAGGUUGAGAUGGCUGAAUUCAACAUUAUGACAGAGAGGGAUGCCACUCAGUGUGACGAUGAUAAUCUAGCCAGUUAUGGGAAAAAGUUCAUCUUAUUCUUUGAUGCUUUCCCAGAUGCAUUUGGUGGUCUCACACGCCUGCACCUUGAAAAUUUGGAUUCGGUGAAUCGGACAUCACUAAUGGAAACGACGACGCUGCAAGUAGAUCACUCCCAACUCAGUGACCUCGCCAUCGGUGAUUGCGUUUUUGCAGAACUGCUGCUGAACUCUGUUCCAAAACUCACACGGUUGGCCUUUGAGGGUUGGAUCUCUUUCCAUUAUCCACUUUCAGUUGGCGAUGCCCCAUUGCUUGAGGCCGUCAAACUCAAUAAUGUUGCUCUCAGUUGGCACAAGAUGGUUGAGUUAAGUAAGUUUCUUUGUGGUACCUCUGUGCGUGACCUGAAGUUGGGAUUUAAAUGUGAAAAGAUCUGGGUCCAACCAGAGUGCUUGACGAAAAGCCUGGCAUCUGUUUUUCGCCAACUAAGGUUUGUGAAUCUAGAUGAAAUUCCUGAAGGGUAUGAUCUGACCUGGACACUGUUCAUCCUUAAAGCUGCACCCCUCCUAAAGGAGCUAUACAUAACGGUGUGGGACCAUCUUUGUAAAAUGGUAACAGAUGAGGAGAAGAGGAAGGAACACUUGUUUAGCGAGGAGAAGGGUGUAGAGUGGGAAUCAUCUGCUUCUGACUUCCAUCAUGAGAAUCUGGUUACGCUCGUCAUAUUUGGCUUCCAAUCUGAAAAGUACAUGGUGAGCUAUAUUAGGCGUGUAAUGGAAGCAGCGGCGAAUCUGGAGGAGGUGUUCCUGUAUCAUAGGCUGGCUUGUAGGAAGUGCCUUGACAAUUCUCGAAAGCAGCCAUUCAAGUUCCCGUGGACCAAGAGGCAGAGAUUGUCAGUGAAGAAGAGAAUUACUGACGGGAUAGACUCGUUUGCCAUAAUUCAUUUCCCUACGACUGCUGGAAUAAGGUGCCAGCAGCAGAGAAGGACAAAGGCAGCCGGCGAAGUAUCACCAGCAGCAGCAGAGAAGGGAGACAGCAUAUUUGAUAUGGUGCUGAAAUAG